GGCGUGAGCGGCGAAAGCCGGGAGGGCGAGCGAGGGAGCGAGCAGGCAGCAGGCAGCAGGCGGGCCGCCGGACGUACGGCCGGCACGGAGGGAGGGAACGAGCGAGUAGUGAGAAAGCCAGAGAGGGCGGCGGGGUCCCGAGGGCUGCCGAGAUUCCUCAGGUCCCUCUGGCCCCCUCCCCGGAGCCCACAGCGCCUCCGGUCUCCAGCGGAGCGGACACGGCCCGGCCCGGCCAUGGCCUCGUUGCUGAAAGUGGAUCAGGAAGUGAAGCUCAAGGUUGAUUCUUUCAGGGAGCGGAUCACAAGUGAGGCAGAAGACUUGGUGGCAAAUUUUUUCCCAAAGAAGUUAUUAGAACUUGAUAGUUUUUUGAAGGAACCAAUCCUAAACAUCCAUGACCUAACUCAGAUCCACUCGGACAUGAAUCUCCCAGUCCCUGAUCCCAUUCUUCUCACGAAUAGCCAUGAUGGACUGGAUGGUCCCACUUAUAAGAAGCGAAGGUUGGAUGAGUGUGAAGAGGCGUUCCAAGGAACAAAGGUGUUUGUGAUGCCCAAUGGGAUGCUAAAAAGCAACCAGCAGCUGGUGGACAUAAUUGAGAAAGUGAAACCUGAGAUCCGGCUGCUGAUUGAGAAAUGUAACACGGUCAAAAUGUGGGUACAGCUCCUGAUUCCCAGGAUAGAAGAUGGGAACAACUUUGGUGUGUCCAUUCAGGAGGAGACAGUUGCAGAAUUAAGAACUGUUGAGAGUGAAGCUGCAUCUUAUCUGGACCAGAUUUCUAGAUAUUAUAUUACAAGAGCCAAAUUGGUUUCUAAAAUAGCUAAAUAUCCCCAUGUGGAGGACUAUCGCCGCACCGUGACAGAGAUUGAUGAGAAAGAAUACAUCAGUCUUCGGCUUAUCAUAUCAGAGCUGAGGAAUCAAUAUGUCACUCUACAUGACAUGAUCCUGAAAAAUAUCGAGAAGAUCAAACGGCCCCGGAGUAGCAAUGCAGAGACACUGUACUGAGGCCAGGGCCAGGGCCAGGGGACUCUGUGAGUCUGGCUCAAGACCGACAUUGCCUUGGUUUGUUACAUGACUAUCGUGAUGGGGAAACUGGCUGGAAAUAGUAAUCACACCUCUCUGUUUUUAGUUAGAGUCUAAUGAAACUCUCAUCUAGUUCCGUGAUGUGUUUACCUCUUUUUUCAGGCCUCAGGAACUCUUCUGUCCUUCCCUAGUACCCUACACCCAGCUUGUCCUAAUUUCUGGAGAACUCCCAGGUUUGUGCUUACAGGAUAUUGGCACAAGAACACUUGUGUUUUCUCUCUCCCCUUUCGCACUCUGCUUGUCAGACUUUGUGUUCUCUUCCUUUUGAUUGAUUGGUUAGAAGCUAAGGGAACUAUAGGGAGAAUGCUAGGUGGUUUUUAGGAACUGAAGUGUGUGUGUGUGGGGGAACCAUCUCCUCUCUUCUUGUUGUAAGGCUAGAUGGUGUGUCUUGCAUCUGUGGGACAUUGAAUUCUCCCUGCCACAGUUGCCCUGGUGAUAACUUAGAGUUUCCCUUUUAUUCACAUCCCACCUUGAACCUAAUCGUGACAAACAACAUCUUAGGCCUUCAAUAUCCUUAACACCCUCAGAUGUUUUAUAACUGGGGGUUUCACAUACACAUGUAUAUGCGUGUUGUACACACACAUACGGAUUUGCACACACACCUUCUUACUCCAAUACCUUGCAUACCUUCUUCUUCCUCUGUAGUCCCUUUCACAUACACCCCUUUCAGGAGGUGAUAGUUGUCAUAUACCCAGGGAAAAGUCCUGGAGCCAUCCUCCCUCCUGAUAUUGUUGCUGCUUGGUGCCCAGGGUGAGUUGGAGGAGAACUGAGAGUGGAGAUCAAAGGGCUGAGUUAGGCCUGUUCUCUGACUUGGUCCUUCUGGUGUUAUGAAAUGGCUGGUCCUUUGACUCCUGAUUGCCUUUUCCCAGGCCAGUUGUACAUUGGGGUGGGGUGUCUGCAACUGUGAGGUCUAGACGCUGCUGCUCCUUUGGGAAAUAUUUCUCUUAUUUAUAGUAUUGUGCUUCUGGGGAAAGCAGCCAUUUGUGUGUAUAUGUGUGUGUGUGUGCACAUACAUAUGAUGUAUAUAUGUGUGCGUGUGGGAAUACGCCAGGCAAGUCAAAACCAUAGAAGAGUCAGUUGCCUCUCUUGAACCUUCCAGAGAUAUCAUUUAUUGUUACAGCUUUUUUGUUAACCCCCGUUUCCCCCCAGCUUUUAUUUUCCUGCUAAUGAGAGUUGAUAUCUGUGUAGUCUGCCAGUGACUCUCAGUGUCUAUUUCUGAAUUUUAUUCUUCCCUGUCUCUGUCUUCCAACCCCAAUCAUAUCCAUCUGGGAUGCAUCAUUUUUACUCCCAGUAUUCUGUAGAAAAGGAGCCGGGAUGCUGUCUUCCCAUGAAUAGUGUUCAGUAACAAACCAAUUGCAUUUUAGUUGGGCAGUGCCCUUACCUACCUGUACCCCCGCAUCCUUUCCAACUAAAACCCUUCCCUCCUCCCACCAUGUGUUUCUCAGUUUCCCUUUUUGUUCAAUUGUUCUGCUGCCUCCUCACCUUACUACCCUUGGAUUGUAAUGUAAAAUUCUUUUACCAUGUCAAGAAAUUAUUAAAAAUACAGGUACUUUGA